AUGCCGCCACGAUGGGGGCAACAAGAGAUCGAUAGUAUCACGAACAAGAUCCGAGCGCUGAGACCAUGCAGCCCAGAGGGGACAGCUGAGCAAGAAGGAGCAGCCGGAGGCGAUCCGGCUGAUCAGACAGGUGAAGAGCGGGAGGAACCCAACUACAGCCAAUGGUUGGAGGAAUACAUCGCUGAGUUUGGAAUCGCCCGGUCGCUGACUGCAUUUACAACGAAAGUGAAAGAGACAGCAAAGUCGAUAAAUAUCAAGUUCAAGUCAAAGAGAUCAUGGCAGUUGUGGACCCCCCAGCAGGAGGAUAGGCUUGUUCAGCUGGUGCAGCGAUGCCAAAAGCUAGAUAUUCCUUGGGAUGAGAUCGGACGAGACUUGAACCGGUCGGGAAACAGCGUGAAACGGAAGUAUUUCGAGAAAAUAUCUGCGAGGCAGCAUAUUGAACAUGUCGUUCAGUCAUUGGAUGAUUCCAAGAUUGAAGCAGUCAUGGACGGCCUGAAAUUUGUUUGUACACAUUGCGAACAGUAUCAUUUUUCAGCUCCCAGGGUUUGGGGUUCAGACAUGUAUUGCCGGGAGUGUCACGACAAUCUAUUUCGUGGAGAAAUGUCUGAGCGUUGGAGAGAAAUUCAGCAAUACUGUGUUGACAAUGGAAAGGUGAGUUGUGCGUUCUGUCACAAGGGAGCAGGGUUCGAGAUACAGGGCGAGGACAAGAUGACAUAUUUCCACUUCGACCACGAGAACAUGUUUGACAAGGGAGAUUCUGUGUGCAACAUCGUCGAGAAUGGAAAACCGUUGACGGAGGCGUUCACAGAGAUUGACAAGUGCCAACUCCUAUGUAUCUCCUGUCAUCAGAUAGUCACCAAGAUCGAAAACAGCAUCGGCUUCACUCGCUUCAAGAGGGAUAUGACAAUGGAAACUGAUGAAGAGAGACGCGCUGCGCUGAGAGAGGACAUCUCUCCUGUCUACACUGAAACGAUGCGUCGUGUGUACGAAUACCUUCGGGGCGCUCGCGGUGGAUCCUGA